CAUAGUUGUGGGCAAUUUGAAUCACGUGGUCCCUUGCUUUUGCGGGGCGUGCUGGGGCCCAAUGGUAAAGAUACCCUCUCGUCCAGGACGUGCCCUGGAAGAGGCGGUGUCUUUAUGGUUGGAAGUGGGCAACCUGGCCCCUCUGGAGCACGCGGUGCUCAACGGCUAUGGCCAGCUGCUCGAGGGCAGAACGUCGCGCAUUCCCAGAGUCAACGCCUUCCUCAAGAAAGUGCCACGAUUUCAGGGCAGGAUAGCAAGGGUACAUGAGGCAGCCAAAAACGGUGACCUCACGACCUUGGCCCUGAUUUUGGACCGCCCUGAGCUGGCGGUAUCAAGAGAUGACACUGGCAGCACCCCUGUCCACAAAGCGAUGAUCACUAAUCACAUUGCCGUCGUCAGAUAUUUGCUUCAUAAGGCGCCCAAGAGUCUCACUGCCACGGAUAGGAUGGGGCGCUCGCCGCUGCAUUACGCUGCCGCUCUGGACGGCGUCAAGCAAGGCGGUGGAGGCACCGGUGGAUUUUCGUGGUACCAAUUUUUGCUAGAGGAAGGUGCACCCGAGGACUCAAUGGAUUUGCUGGGGAGGACGCCAAAUUUCUACCGAGAAUAUUGCGAGGAGAUUUUGAUGCGAUCCGCGAGCAGUUGUUCCACAGAGAGCAACUGUCCAACACCGGACUCGAGCAGAAGCUCAACUGCCAAUGAAAGUGAGAGAGAGGACAAAAGCAACCUAACCUUCCAGGUCACAGUUAGGAUAGAAGAGGUGGACUCCGAUAAAGAUUCUACUGGUUCCGAUUAUUCAUAAAUUAAAAAAUUAAAUUUAAUGUUUAAAUUUAUAAAUGAUGUAAUAGUUUCCAAAAGAAAAAUGGUCCUUAUAAGAUAUUAUGCCAAUGUACAAAGCCAUGAAAUUUAGCAAUUCGCCAAGGCUCAAUUAAAGAAUUUUAUU